UUAAAAGCUGCAACCCCACCUCAAAAAUAGCCUUACUUUUUUCCAAUUUGGCCUGUAUUCAUUCUCAACAAAACCGCCUUGUGAAUUCCCACCACAGACUAGGACUACUAUAUUCUUUUUCUGGCAAUAGAAAAAAUGUUCCAUUGACUAUAGGAAAUUUCCAGGAAAAUGUGUGUAGCUCAUUUUUUUGGCCUUUCCUCCUCUUGGCUAGUAGCUCUGUAUAAUCACCCAGGAAAAUAAGAGGCGGCUUCAACUUGGUGAUCUAAAUUACGCACUUUUUCGAGCUAUUAGAAACGAAACAACUUUGCAUCUAACUGUUAGGAGAAUGAUACUACAAUUUCUUCGUAGGCAUCGCCACAGAUUUGAGCUCAUCAAACUUUUCUGUCUUUGCUGUCCAUUGCUCGUCCAGGAGAUUUAGAAACCCAAAUAAAAUCUGUCUUAUUGUCUGACCAAUCUGAUGCUUUCCAGGAUGAAUGGAAUCAACCAAAGUGGGGUGGGUAUGGAAAAUUGUGAUUGACGAAAGCGAUCAAAAUAUCUCAUGAAUUUCUACAAAAUUUUAAUGGGAAAAAAAUCUUCUCAACUUCUGUGGACUUUUCUACAAAAUUGAUUUCAUUUUGGAUCCAAUGGACAAUGUUAGAGCUGACCAUUAACAUCCAAUAGAAUGUGGAUUUGUACGAAACAGCAAGAGAAGACUGAGAAAAGUAGAAACUUCUAGCAAAUUUCCAUUUCUCCCUUUCUUUAUGGCCCUUCAAAGUUCUCAUCUCUUCUUUGUCUAUAAAAUUAAAAUCUGCGGCAGCCAAUCUAUCAUUCAGUGACAACAAUAACGUAGCAUUUCACGUUUCCUCUGGUUAUCUUCUGUUGUGUUAUUCAAAGCCAAAAACCAAAAACAUGUCUCCGAUCUGCUCCAACGACUUGCUUAAGAUCUUCAACAAACUCGACAAGAACUGCGAUGGCCUCGUCUGCCUACAGGAGCUCCAUUGGCUUCUCGACCGUAUUGGCAUCCAGCUAACCAUGGAAGAGCUCGAGUCAUCUCUGGAGAAACCAAGCCUCGACUUCAAUGAGUUCUUGUUCUUUUACGAGUCGAUAUCGAAGCGAAACAAAGGCGAGUGCAACGGCGGUGUGGGCGAUGACGAGAAUGAGAUGUUGGAUGGGCAUGAAGGGGAGGAAGAUGUUGACAUUGUCUAUAUGGCGUUCAAAGUUUUUGACAUGAACGAUGAUGGCUUCAUUUCUUGUGAGGAGCUUCGGAGUGUGUUGUUGAGACUGGAGCUUUGGGAUUCAAACAGAAGCGACAGCGAGUGCCGAAACAUGAUCCGAGCUUAUGACACCAAUUUGGAUGGGAAACUCGAUUUCGAGGAGUUUAAGAACAUGAUGUUGCUCACGACUUCUUGAUUCUCUUUGAGCUGAGGUUGCUGAGAAGUUUUGAUCUCUAUUGAAUAAGCUUAGCUAACACAAGAAAAGAAAAAGAGAAGAAAAAAAAUACAUACCUAUUUGUCCUGCUAGGAAGAAAAAAAUACUAUCAUUCAAAUGUAGCCACGGUUAGUUCGUUUACAUCUCUAUUGAUGCAUCACAUGGAUUUAUUAUCAUUUUAAAA